UCCCGGUCAAAAAAAAAAAAAAAGAAAAGAAAAAAAGCGUCCUCCACGUGUCGACGAAUCCGGUCGGUUCGCAGAGAGAGCCCGGUUACAGCGGCGGUGUGGCCGGGCAGCGCUUCACGCUUAGAGGGACUGCAGUGUGGCUCGGCAGGGUGUACAGCACGGCGGGCUGACUGCGGAUGUUGACCCGGAUGUUUGGUUGUGGUUCGGUUUUGGUUUGCGGAGAUAACGGUUCAGCCCACUGCGAAUCUCGUUGAAAAGGCGCCGGAUUUAAGACUUCCCUGCCUGCGCGGAAAGAUUCCCCGUACCGAGCACCGGCGGUGGGUUCUGGGGUCCAGCGUUAAGCGCUGCUCGCGGUUUCACACGAAGUCGGAACCGAAUUGAAGAGCGAGCCGUCGGACAUAGCUGAAGAAUGUCUGAAGAGCUUCCUCUUGAAGGGGAGCAUCCCCCAUCCCAGGCACAGUCCACCCUGUCCCCAUCCCAGGCCCAGUCUGGUACCCAGUCUCAGUCCCAGUCCACCCUGUCACCAUCCCAAUCCAAGUCCCAGUCCCAGCCUGGUUCCAGUUCGUCCAGUGGGCCCACCUCAGCCAGUCAGUCGUCCAGCGGCUCGGGUACUCUCAGCAGUGUGGACACUCUCCCCGUAACACUGGCGUCCGUCCCCGAGGAGCCUGAGCCGCAGCCCUGGGGCCGUCUGCUGCCUAUGGCCCCCGGCUUCAGGAGCCACGACUGCAUAGAGGAGCAGUACCUGUUUGGACGGGACUCCAGGUGUAACUACGUCCUGGAGGAUCCCAAUGACAGAAAUUCCAGAAAGUUCAGAAUCUACAGCAAGAAACACUUCAGGAUCUACAGAGAGGGCUCGGAGGUCUUCGUGGAGGACCUCAGUAAUAAUGGCACCUUUAUUGACGGGAUUCCAAUCGGUAAAGAUAAGAAGCUUCCUCUGGUCAAUAAUGCUGUCAUCUCUCUGGCUGAACAACGAAACCGAGUGUUUGUCUUCAUCGACCUCAUGUCAGACGAUCAGUCCAGCUUACCCAAAGACCUGCAGGAGAAAUACUUGCUGACUCGACGCAUCGGCACAGGAGUGUGUGGUGAGGUCCGGCUGGCUUUUGAGCGAUCUGCCUGCAGGAAGUUUGCGGUGAAAAUAAUAAACAAGAAGAACUUUCAGUCCCAGUCCACCCUGUCACCAUCCCAAUCCAAGUCCCAGUCCCAGCCUGGUUCCAGUUCGUCCAGUGGGCCCACCUCAGCCAGUCAGUCGUCCAGCGGCUCGGGUACUCUCAGCAGUGUGGACACUCUCCCCGUAACACUGGCGUCCGUCCCCGAGGAGCCUGAGCCGCAGCCCUGGGGCCGUCUGCUGCCUAUGGCCCCCGGCUUCAGGAGCCACGACUGCAUAGAGGAGCAGUACCUGUUUGGACGGGACUCCAGGUGUAACUACGUCCUGGAGGAUCCCAAUGACAGAAAUUCCAGAAAGUUCAGAAUCUACAGCAAGAAACACUUCAGGAUCUACAGAGAGGGCUCGGAGGUCUUCGUGGAGGACCUCAGUAAUAAUGGCACCUUUAUUGACGGGAUUCCAAUCGGUAAAGAUAAGAAGCUUCCUCUGGUCAAUAAUGCUGUCAUCUCUCUGGCUGAACAACGAAACCGAGUGUUUGUCUUCAUCGACCUCAUGUCAGACGAUCAGUCCAGCUUACCCAAAGACCUGCAGGAGAAAUACUUGCUGACUCGACGCAUCGGCACAGGAGUGUGUGGUGAGGUCCGGCUGGCUUUUGAGCGAUCUGCCUGCAGGAAGUUUGCGGUGAAAAUAAUAAACAAGAAGAACUUUCAGUCUGAAGGGACAGCGACACGAAAUGCAAAGACGGAGAUUGAGAUUCUGCAGAGGGUUGACCAUCCUUGUCUCAUAAAGACGGAGGACUUCUAUCAGACGGAGGACAGUUUUUACAUCGUCUUGGAGUUGAUGGAGGGGGGGGAGCUGUUCCACAGAGUAAAGUUGAAGCAGCAACUCAACGAAUCUGUCGCCAAACUUUAUUUCUACCAGAUGCUCUGCGCUGUGCAGUACCUCCACAGUAACGGGAUCAUCCACAGAGACCUGAAACCUGAGAACAUCCUGCUGUCCUCACAGGAUGACAUCUGUCUCAUCAAGGUGACAGACUUUAACCAGUCACGGAUCCUGGAGGAGGCUGUGCUGAUGAGGACUCUGUGUGGGACUCCAUCUUACCUGGCUCCUGAAGUCUUCACCCACGCCUCCACCACCGGGUACGGGCUCGCCGUAGAUGCCUGGAGCCUCGGUGUCCUGCUCUUCGUCUGCCUGGGGGGUUAUCCUCCAUUCCACGAGAGCUUCGGUCAUCAGUCGAUCACCGAUCAGAUCAUCAAAGGAGAGUUCACCAUGGUUCAGUCCAAGUGGAAGAACGUCUCUGAUCAAGCAAAGGAUGUGGUGAGGAAGCUGCUGGUUGUUGAUCCUACAAAGAGGAUGACCAUUGAGGAAGCUCUGCAGCACCCCUGGUUACAGGACAAGAAGAUAUUGGAGACAGCACACAGACUCAUGUACCCCUCUGCAGAGGGAGGAGGACAUGCUGCUGCUGCCGCCAUGCAGGAGGUGGCAUCAACCUCAGGAAGAAACUUGAGGAAACGAGGACGAGAUGGAGAUGGUGAAGAGCCAAAUCCUGCCAAACGGAGCCAAGCCCCACCGUCUUCCUCUCUGUAGACAACCAAUCAGGUUCCGAGGCCUCGUCUCUACUACUGAAA